AUGUACCACACCUUUCUGCAGGAGAUGUACGCCCGUUUUGCGGAGCACACACGCCAUGUGCACGGAGAGGUCGACUCAGGAUUCAGCAGGCCGUACUUCAAUCAGAUAUGGCGAGAAGAGAGACCGUUGAUCAAGCUAGCGAGGUUUGGGGAUUUCAUGAAAUGUAGCGACUGCACAGAAAUCAACGAGAAACUGCACGGUGCCCCCGGCAUCAGACCGAUCCAAGACACCCGGCAGAGGGCGGAGAUUGUUCGUCACCAAAAGGAACACCACCAUAUCGUGUCGAAGGACAGAGAACUCCUGACGUCACACAUGGAGGCCGCCAAACGAGAGCAGGCGAACGGAACCCCGCUAAACCAAGUGACCAUUCAACAAGACUGUGCCUGCCAGAUUCGCUACGCGUUAGGGACCGUCCACCCUCAAACUCACGCGUCUGAGAGGCAACGGCUUUUCGGAGCGGCAGAAGGUCAUGGACGUCCACGCAGAAGGGGCGUUCGUGGACGUCCAUUUCGUCCCGCAGACAACAGGUGGAGGGAGCAACCUGGUGUGCACGGCGCUGUGGUUGGCCCUCAAACGACUGUCUGCAAUGUGGACCAAGCCUGGCCAGAGGUUUUACAUCAAGCGUCUCCACCUUCAGAUAACUGCGUCGGCGAAAACAAGAACAACAUCGUCCUGGCCUUCAUUGGCGGAUUGGUCGCCGCCGGGGUGAUCGGUUCUGCAGAGGUCUGCUUCCUGAUCGUUGGACACACGCACAUCAAAAUCGACCAAGUGUUUUCUCGGUUCUCUGUGGGUACCCUCGGUCGAAGCAUCUUCACGAGGAGUCAACUUGGUGAGCGAUUCCGGGAGUCGUACAAGGAACUUCCGGUACACGUAGGGACUCUGACCAACCUCGGCAACUUCAAGGGGCUCUACCUCGACGACAACAAGCUCAACCUUCGGAGGAUCCGGAACGUCACCAAGUUUUGGGCCUUCCGAGUGGGGAAGGUUGCAGGGGAGGUUUCCGUGUGGGCCAAGCGCUUCAUGCACAGCGAUGCCUGGCUUGGUCUGACAGCGACCGGCGGGGCCCAGGUCGACGCCAACCCACACCGUCUCUUCCGGUUCGCUGCGCCGACUUUCGACAACGUGCCUCCUUUUGAGCUCAAGACGGUCGACCCCACCGUGAUCGCCCUCAUCGAGAAGCGCUACAUCGCGACGCGGCCCCGCCUAGAGGCUGCUUACGCACUAGCUCCUGACGGUGUGGUCGACGCUCUAUUGGCUGAGCAGAGCGACUCGCUGAAGUUGUUGCGCUCCGGAGGAACGAUCAACAACUUCGACCUCCCAAUGGAAUGGCUCCACACGGCGAUCCCGCCAGCGCCUUUGCCUCCCUCUGCGGGCGCGACCGCGGACGGAGUGGACAACACACCCUCUCGGGCGAACGGGGUGUCAGAGCCCUCUAAGAGAAAGGCCUUAAACCCAGUGCGUCCAACGUCGCUAACACCACCCAGCGUUGGCGACAUCGCAUUCUUCAAGGCGGAGGAAGCUCCGUUUGUGCUGGGGGAGGUGCUGAGCAUAGCUGCAGACGCCUCGCCGGUGAACGUCAACAUGCACUGGUAUGGGCCUAUCAACAAUACCGUGUUAGGGCGGGAGCGGGCAGCGCGACUGAGCUCCUGAUACGGCACCGCGCAAAGUCGUUCGAUUUCAUCCUAACGAGCGGUGCGAAGCGCAGAACGCCCGAUGCCAGCGACGAGCCUAUCACACGCAUUGUCGCAUGCUGCAGUUCGCUAACUUCAACGGGUAACAUCCCGGCGAGAAUGAAGAAAGUGGUGAUGGAGACUUGCCGGCCUGCACCUUCGUCGUCCUCGGAGAGCGAAGCAAGUGACUCGGACGACGACGGGUCUGGAAGCGGACUCUGAGGAAGACGAGUCCGAUGACGACGGCUAUGGUUCAGAGUAGUCCUGGCGCCUAGCAGGGACUAGAUUGAUGUCGAGACCGGGGCGUUCUGGGGAUCAAGAAGAUUUGUACUAGCGGUUUUGCGCCGUAAGAUGGUCAACAUUUGUCAACUUCGAGCUCUGUACCCAAAUCUUGUCGUAGGGGCUGUGGGUCUUUCCAUCAUAGUAACAUAACUUUCGAAGUGCCGUGUGCUCAGAUUUUUAUUUUUUGCUAGUGCGUCAGGGAAUCUAUCGAAAUUGACCGGAAAACACGCGUAAGAACUCGUUAGAAAUCUGGGUCUGCCCGGGGGGUAGGGGGGGUGGGGGUGUUGAAUCAGGUGCGGUUUGGGGUCCUUAGUGGCGGAACUAUCGUGAUUUUCGGCGUUGCCGAUGGUGUUAGCUCGGGCGAAAGGGCGUGUGUUCGAUUUGGAAGACGCCCGAGGAUGUUUUUCGUUGGAGCGAGAAUAAUAAAUUGUUUGGCACUUUUGGUGCGCCAACCUGCCCAAACAUUUUCUCAUUUACAAUUUUUUUCUCAAUAAAUACAAUCCGCU